UGGUUAAUGAAAGAAAAAAUGAAGGGUGAAGAUGAAUACUAAAGUUUGAUCGUGCUCAGCGCAACAAAUUUUUAAUUAAUUAUUUAAAAAAGAAAAACCAGCUUUGCAAUUUCUCAUUAAUCUCUCUCCUGCAAUUUUCUUCUUCUUCUUCUUCAUCGAACAUCUCUUCGAUCUUUUCAGAGAGAGGAAGAAGAGAAAGAGAGAGAGCAAGAGCGAACAUGGAUCAGAUACUGAACAAGGUGGGUUCAUAUUGGUUCAGCCAGAAGGCUAACAAGGAGAUCAAUUCAGUCGGUGAUGAUAUCAACUCCUUGUCAACCAGCAUCGAAGGAGGAACCAAAUGGUUGGUUAAUAAAAUUAAAGGAAAAAUGCAGAAGGCCUUGCCCGAGCUGCUGAAGGAGUAUGAUAUUCCCGUGGGAAUCUUUCCUCGUGAUGCUACCAACUACGAGUUCAACGAGGAGACUGGAAAGCUUAUUGUCUACAUACCCGCAGUAUGUGAAGUUGGCUAUAAGGAUUCAUCUGUCUUGCGGUUUUCAACAACAGUAACCGGUUUUCUAGAGAAAGGAAAGUUAGCCGAUGUAGAAGGAAUGAAGACUAAGGUGAUGAUAUGGGUAAAAGUUACCUCGAUCUCAUCUGAUCGAUCAAAGGUCCAUUUUACAGCUGGGAUGAAGAAAAGCAGGAGCAGAGAGGCUUAUGAGGUUCUUCGAGACGGCGUUUGUGUGGAUAAGUUCUAAAUUGAUACUUGUUGUGCCGGAGCAGGACGUUUAUAAGCUGUAAGUCUGUUUAGUUAUCAAAUUUUCGGAGACUUUCCAUUUUUCUGAAUGAUUCGUUUAUGUAAGUACAAAAACUUAGAAGAAUCAUAUUCUAAAAUGUUGGUUGUGCAUGUCUAAAUGAUCAAGAACCCUUUUAAAUUAAUUUUGUGGUUUUUUCAUA